AUGAGCGAACGCGACGACUCGUUCUUUGCACCACCGCGCGCCUCCUCGGCGUCCCAUGACCCCCGUGCACAUAUGCAGGCCCAGUCACGCAUGCGCGCGCGUCAAAUGUUCGGCCUCCCCUCGGACCCAACGAGCCACCAUCCGUCCUCCGAGUUUGACGACUAUGGCAGCUUUGACCAGUCAUAUGCAGCAGCAGCAAGCUACGAGAUUGGCGACGAGGAGCUGAUGGAGGAAGGCGGGGAUAUUAUGGACGAGGACGACGACGACCAGGACGAGCGUGACGCCGAGGACGAACUCGACGGCAUGGCCGGAUACGAACACGGCCACGAAGGAGAAGGCGAGGAGCAAGCAGACAACACCUACCUCGAGUCCGAUGCGAGCUCGGCCGCUUUCGAUCCCGAUGACGACCCCGAAGCGUGGGCAGAGAGACUAGACGAGCUUGCGGGCACGUUGGAGAUGAGCGAGGCGGAGGCUCGCGCACUCCGCUGGGGACCAGCAAUCGGUCGAGAACGAGAUGCGCCUGAUUUGCAUAUCGACGACUUCCGAAAGUUGCUCAACCAUCACCUCACGGCCACUGACUGGAAGUUCCACCCCAGUGACCGAACCGUCCCUCUCGCACCUGGUAUGACGCCCAACCCCGAGAACCACCCCAUCCGCGUUCUUGGACACAACUGGAUCGGCCGUGAGGCUGGACGGCGACUUGAUCCUCUCAUCGGGUUACGCCAGACGGCGCUCGAGAACGGGUUUGGCGCGGCCAUGUGA